AUGGAGAAAGAACUCGAUAUUCAAGCAGUUAUUGGUUUCACUGGUAAAGUCAACGAAGGUUUGAUUUUGCACCCUGAUAAUGAACAUUUGAUUUAUCCCUUAGGUUCAACUAUUGUUGUCCGUCAUAUUAUUUCGCGUAGCCAAACAUUUUUGAGAGGUCAUGACAACCAAAUCUCAAUUAUCACUGUCUCUAAGACUGGUAAAUAUAUCGCAUCUGGCUAAAAGACUUAUAUGGGAUUUUAAGCUGACAUUAUUAUUUGGGAUUUUGAAACCCGCAGUCUUAUGCAUCGUCUCAAGCUCCACAAAGUUCUCAUUCAAAGUUUGUCAUUCUGCUGCAAUGAACAAUAUUUAGCUUCUCUCGGUGGAUAAGACGAUAAGAAUAUGAUGAUUGUUUGGGAUGUAGAAUAAGGAAAAGCCCUCUAUGGAGCUCCCAACAGAGAUGUAGUAAAUCAAAUCAAAUUCUUUAACAAUUCAGAUGAUAAAAUUAUUGCAGUUCUUAACAAUGGUGUACAAAUUUUAACAAUCGAUAAGGCAAACAAGAAGGUCAAAUCUUUAGAUGUUAACUUUGGUAAUAUUAAGAGACAAUAUACCUGCGUUGCUAUUGAUCCUAGCGAUACUUAUUGUUAUUGCGGUACUAAGACUGGUGAUGUUUUUGAAAUUAAUAUUGAAAGAGCCAUCUUCAAAAGACUUGGUCCUGUUAAAAAACUCUUCUCUCUCGGAAUAGGUACUCUUGGUCUCCUUCCUAACGGUGAUAUUAUUGUUGGUGCAGGAGAUGGUACUGUUGCUAAAUUAAGUAUUCAAAAUAUGUAAGUCUUAUCUCAAUCUGAAGUUUUGGGUGCAGUUACUUCAAUUUCAUUUACAGGAGACUAUACUCACUUCUUCUGUGGUACAUCUUAAUCUAACAUAUAUUGGAUCGAUACUGAAAAGUUGAAUCCUGAAUUGAGAAAUACUUGUCACUAUGAACGUAUUAAUGACAUUGCUUUCCCUUAUAAUUAUUCUGAUGUUUUUGCCACUUGCUCCACCACUGAUAUUCGUGUUUGGAAUGCCCGUAAUCGUUAGGAACUCCUCCGUAUUCAAGUUCCUAACCUCGAAUGUUAUUGUGUAACCUUUAUGAAUGAUGGAAAAUCAAUCAUUUCAGGUUGGAAUGAUGGUAAAAUAAGAGCUUUCUUACCCUAAUCUGGUAAAUUAUUGUAUGUUAUUUCUGAUGCUCAUAUUCACGGUGUAACUGCUCUUUCCACUACAAGUGAUUGCUAGAGAAUUGUUUCUGGUGGUAGUGAAGGAGAAGUCAGAGUUUGGGUAAUCAAUAAACAAACUCAAGUAAUGAAGGCAUCCAUGAAAGAACACAGAGGCCGUGUCUGGUCUAUCCAAGUAAAGAAGAAUAACGACUAGGCUGUUAGUGCAAGUGCUGAUGGUUCUUGCAUUAUUUGGGAUUUGAAAACUUUCACUCGUUUAAUGUGUCUCUUUGAAUCUACUCUUUUCAAGCAAGUUCUCUAUCACCCUGAAGAGUCUCAAUUGCUCACUACAGGUUCUGAUAGAAAGAUUACUUAUUGGGAAAUUUAUGAUGGCCAAGCUAUUAGAAUGCUUGAUGGAUCUGAAGAAGGAGAAGUUAAUGCUCUUUCCAUUACAAAGGAAGGUGAACAUUUCGUUUCAGGUGGUGAAGACAAAUUAGUUAAGUUGUGGGGAUAUGAUGAAGGUAUUAAGUAUUAUUCAGGUACUGGUCACUCAGGCGCUAUCACUAGACUUCAAAUCAGCCCUGAUCAAAGAACUGUAGUUUCAGUUGGUGCUGAAGGUGCUAUUUUUAUUUGGAAGAUGCCCGAAGAAGUUGUCCAUGCCAGAGCUGAUAACGAAUUACCAACCAUUUCAAAGGAAAAGCAUAAUAAUACUUAGAAUCAAGGUGAUAAUAAAAGCUCACACUCUCAAUAACACUCUUAAGUAUCUGGAGCAUCAAAGGGAUCUCAAAAGCGUUAUUGA